AUGAAUCUUGAUGAAAGACUAAGGAAAUGUCAACAAGAGAAACAAAAUAUAAAGGAAAAUUAUUGUCAAAUAUCAGAUCAAUUGAACGAUGACAAUUUAGAGUGUAGUUUUGAAAUACUAAUGAAUUUAGAUGAAAUGACUUAUAAUUAUAGGGUGAUUAAAUGUUAUCUAGAAAGUUUAUCAUCUGGUUUUUCAAAGGAAAAUAAUAGUUUUAUAUUUAAAAUAGAAACAAGAAUUGAGGCUUUAUAUAAACAAAUUGUAACAGAUACAGGAUUACAUUUACACUGUAAUGGGUUAAAACUGAUACGAACUCAAUUAUUUGAAAAUGCCGCUAAAGUUGGUAGAUUAAUUUAUGAAAUUGAAACAUCAAAUGAAAUAGAAGAAAAAGAUAGAUUUGUAACUCCUAAUCGAAUGAAAAGUAUAAGUGAAAGUCUACCUAAUCCGAAAAAUAUUUCAAAUCAAGGUUAUCUGAAAUGGACUGAUUUGCCGUGGGGUAAAGAUAAAGUUAAUAUUAUAAAAGAAGCAGUACGAUUAUUUAGUGAGAAACGACAACGUGGUGAAUAUAUAAGUGAAAAAUUUCAGGAAAAUUAUAAUUCAAAAAUGACUUUACCUACAGCAUAUUAUUUACUAUAUCAUUAUAAAUAUGGAGAAAAAGAUUAUCGAAAAGCUAAUGAAACUUUAGAAAAUUUUGAUUCAGCAUAUACAGAAGCAAUUCUGAAGAUAGUUGAAGAUAAGAAUACUUUUAUAAAUCAAAAAUUAAAAAGUGCUGGUACUCCACUAGCUUCACCAACUGAUUUAGUAGCUGGUAUACAAUUAAGAGAUUUGUUUAUGAAGCAAUAUGGGACAAUAGAAGAACCAAUUACAAAUGUAAAAUCGUAUUAA